CGGUGGAGGAGCGUGUCAUCAGCGAGGAGUACAAGAUCUGGAAGAAAAACAGCCCCUUCUUGUACGACCUGGUGCUGACACACGCCCUGGAGUGGCCCAGCCUCACGGUGCAGUGGCUGCCUGAGCUCACCAGGCCAGAAGGAAAGGAUUAUGCUCUGCACUGGCUGCUUUUGGGAACACACACGUCUGAUGAACAGAAUCACCUGGUUGUUGCCAGAGUCCAGAUUCCCAACAAUUAUCAGUUUGAUUCUUUGAAGUCUGGCAGUGAGAAAGGAGAACUUGGUGGCUUUGGAUCUGUGACUGGCAAAGUUGAGAUGGAGAUUAAAAUUAACCACGAGGGUGAAGUGAACCGUGCCUGUUACAUGCUGCAGAAUCUCAGCAUCGUCGCGACAAAAACACCCUCUGCUGAUGUGCUGGUGUUUGACUGCACUAAACAUCCUUCAAAACCAGACCCAAGUGGAGAGUGUAAUCCUGAACUUAGAUUAAGAGGACACCAGAAGGAAGGCUAUGGCUUAUCAUGGAACUCCAGUUUGAGUGGACAUCUUCUCAGUGCAUCAGAUGAUCAUACAGUGUGUUUAUGGGAUGUAAAUGCUGGACCCAAAGAGGACAAGAUUGUUGAUGCCAGAGCCAUCUUCACUGGGCACUCUGCAGUAGUGGAAGACGUGGCAUGGCACCUGCUCCGUGAGUCUCUCUUUGGAUCUGUGGCAGAUGAUCAGAAGCUUACGAUCUGGGACACAAGAUCUAAUGCCACAUCCAAGCUGAGUCACUCAGUAGAUGCUCACACAGCCGAGGUCAACUGCCUGUCCUUCAAUCCCUACAGCGAGUUCAUUCUGGCAACUGGCUCUGCUGACAAGACGGUGGCUCUGUGGGAUCUUCGAAACUUAAAGCUGAAACUCCAUUCUUUUGAGUCUCAUAAGGAUGAGAUUUUUCAGGUUUACUGGUCUCCUCAGAAUGAAACCAUUCUUGCUUCAAGUGGCACCGAUCGUCUCCUGAACAUGUGGGAUCUGAGUAAAAUUGGAGAAGAGCAGUCAGCAGAGGAUGCAGAAGAUGGGCCUCCUGAGCUGCUGUUUAUUCAUGGAGGACACACUGCCAAAAUUUCAGACUUCAGUUGGAAUCCUAAUGAGCCUUGGGUAAUCUGUUCUGUAUCAGAGGACAACAUAAUGCAGAUAUGGCAGAUGGCAGAAAACAUUUACAGUGAUGAAGAACCAGAUAUAACAGCAGCUGAACUGGAAGCUCAAGGAAUGUAACUUUUCUUCUUUAAGGAACUAGAGGGAAUGACAUAGUAAUGUAAUUUGAGUACUGUAUACGUAAAAUAAAGACCUGAAAAAAACACAGACAACCAAAUACCAAACCAAAGAACCCCAGAAUCACUGGGCAGAAGCCUUGCAUCAAAACAGGAAUACUCCUAAUUGGAUUAAGCAAAAAGCUUGUAUAAUCAAAUUGUCAUGGGAUACUCUUGGUUCUGUGGGCACUUUGAGCUGUUGUAUACUGUACAGCAGUUAGCUUUAGAGAAACUAACAAUGACUUAAUACCCAUGUCUAUAUUUUUAAAUAAACUUUGUGUGUUCUGUAAAUAAAAUGGUGAAAUCCUCACUUUUCACACAUAGAAACUGUAUAAAAAACGCCUUUUCUAUUAAUAUGCAAAAAGAGCUUUUCACUUUCCCACACCACUUUUGGAUUGGUUUUGCAUAAGUAAAAUCUAUUAAAAAAAGUGUUUGGUGUAUUUAAUGUCCACUGGCAUAAGGUGAAUGCCUUCUUG